CAUUUGCAACUAACUUCAUUUGGAAUGACGUUACAAUUUUGAAAGAUGGCGACCGUAAAGUUUGCAGUUAUUGAUGUUAACGAUUUUCUAUCCAAAAAGCAAGCUGCCGAGCCCGCUUUAGCGGCAGAUUGGGCAAAUUUAGAAGAACUAUACAACAAAAAAUUAUGGCACCAACUUACGUUAAAAUUGCAAGAAUUCGUGAACCACCCGGCAUUACAGACCGGCGACUGCCUUAUCCAAUUGUACAACAACUUUUUAACGACCUUUGAGAACAAAAUAAACCCCCUCUCGCUGGUCGAGAUCACAUCGCACAUUGUGAAACAGUUCGAUAACAAAAAGGAUGGUAUUGCCUUCUUGGAAAAGGUGGAGAACAAGGUUAAGAUGAAUGAUGAAGCACUAGCUCUUUGCAAGGUGCUUCAAGGUGAGAUAUACCUGGAACAGCUGAAUGACCUGGAUGCCACGGAGAAGAUCAUCGAAGAGCUGGAAGGCUCGCUGGAAGAUGCAGACGGAGUCACACCGGUGCACGGCCGGUUCUACAAACUGGCUUCCGAGUACUACAGGGUCCGCGGGCCCAUGGCGCGCUACUACCGCGCGGCGCUGCGCUACGUGGGCUGCGCGGAGGGCGGCGCCGUGCUGCCGCUGCAGGAGCGCCGCGCGCUCGCGCGCUCGCUCGCCAUCGCCGCGGUCGUCGCGCCCAACGUCUACGACCUUGGAGAAUUGCUAGCGCACCCAAUCCUGGAGUCCCUAGAGAACCCGGACGCGUGGGCCAAGGAGCUCGUGCGCGCCGUCUCCCGCGGCGACGUGCCGGCCUUCGAGGCGCUGCGGGCCUCCGCGCCCGCCCCCGAGCUGCGGAGGGCGGACCAGAGUGUCAGGCAGAAGGUCGCCAUCACGUGCCUUAUGGAGAUGGCAUUCAACCGCACUUCGGCGACCCGUAAGCUGACCUUCGCCGAGAUUGCCCAGGAGGCUCGCGUGCCCCUUAACGAAGUGGAACUGCUCGUCAUGAAGGCUUUGGCUGAGAAACUUAUCCGAGGACAUAUUGAUCAAGUGAGCUCCCUGGUGUUCGUGACGUGGGUGCGGCCGCGCGCGCUGCCGCUGGCCGCGGCCACGGCGCUCGCGGCCAGACUGGACACCUGGCGCCUCGCCGCGCGCGCCGCCGCCGACUUGCUGGGCGAGCAGCCGGACUUGCUCACGCUAUAGAUUAGCAGCCCGUCUUCAAGGAGUCCCGCUAUUACUAUUACCCAUAGAAUAAUGUAUUUGUAUCAAAACCAACUAAUGUCAUUGCUAUAAAAAUAAUAAAACAACAUGAAAAAUC